AGUAUGACAUGUGCAGAAACUUACGAAGAAUCCUUAUUUCCUCUCCACCCACCUUUGAUCCCCUUCCCUACACCCUACCUCGAGGACCACCAAAAAAAAUGACUACUGCUGAGUGGUUGUUAGUUCGUGGUCUUGAUUCGAAACACUCUCCUCCGACGGAUACGGAAGAAGCCGAUGCGGGCCCAAACCUGGAAUUAUUGCGGGAACUUAGCGAGAGUAACUUCGAGCGCCUUCUUCCAUGGAGCCCGCUUAAAGCUGCUGUAGUUGCGGAAUUUUCAAUAUGCACUGACCCUGAUGUUGAAUACCUACGGAGUACCAAGGACUAUGUCGGGUUUCUUGAAAAAAGACUAUCUACCACAGAAAUAUCCGGCUUCGCUCUGAUGUAUAUGGGGAUAGCAGGGGUCCGCGCCUUUAUUCAGUCAAAUAUCACCGGGCCCCCGCUCUCGUUUUCUCCCGAGAGAGUACUCCUCCCUGAAGGGCUAGCUGGCGAACCUGAGUUCUGCAAAGAAGUCUCCAGGUCCAUUCUCGCCUCUUUGUCUGUGGAUGGAGAAACUGCCUACCACCUAACCCCAAACGUACUCCUCUUGGCUUUCGGAAAGAUUGUACUGAACUCGUCAGCGCUGAAGGACUCCAAGCUAGAGACACUUCCGUGGUGGAGGGCUCGAGUAAAUUUCCUUCACCAGAAGAUCCUGUCUGAAGCGACCGCAACCCUACACAACAUCAUCUACGAGGAUAUGAAGAAACUCCCUGAUCGUAUAUCUAGUCGAGAUUCGGAUAUUUGGGCGAAAUAUCUGAUCGAGAAAGCGCUCGUAGACACCUAUUUCGGCUAUGAUUCGAAUGCGUUAAAAGGGCUAGAGGAGGCAGCCAGCGUUACUGGAUUGAAGUACGCCAUCACAGGAGUCUUGGGAAAGCGAACCAAGUUUCAGAAUACUUAUACAAGUCAACUAGUCGUCUUAGCAAGGAGUGCAGAGGGAGGGCCCAGCGAGGUUACGGCGAAGCCGAAGACCCUGGACCUAAAUGACGAUACAAUCCUAGAGGCCAUUUCUUUUACUCCAAUGUCAACCCAGGUCCAGACAGAAACCACCUUGUCUGCGGAAUUAGCUUCACUUGAUCCAGGAAGCCAGCCCCAAUUACAACCACUAGACGCGGCGAUUCUAUUGCUGAUUACCGAAACAAUCAAAAACACAAACCCCGCAGACGGUAUCACGAGAGAAGAGAUGUUACCGUAUGCGGAACGGGUUCUGCAACAUAGCGUCAACUGGGAGAUCUACACUUUGGGCCUGCUAAUACGUAGUCGCAUUGAAGCAUACAAAUCUCGGACAGUGGAAAGAGGGCUCCUGCAACUUCAAGCAGUUGUUGACCAAGUCAUCGCAGACACUACUGGCACGGAUAUCUCAUCCGGCUCGAAUAAUGCUGUUUCAACCUUCAUGCCGAAACCCAAAGAAGAUGAGGUAGCUCCGGUAAAAGAACGCCUUCUUUACAUCCAUCAAUUGCCAGCCCCAACCCGCUGGGAACUAGAGGCAGAGUUAGCUUCAAGAUGGAUAUCAGUUGGUGGAAUAAGAACAGCUCUAGAGAUCUACGAAAGGCUAGAGAUGUGGGCAGAGGUUGCAUUGUGCUGGGCAGCUACUGAGAAGGGGGACAAAGCUCGGGCAGUGAUCCGGGAUCAACUAUUUCAUCCUCUCAAAUCCGGAGAUGAGAGCGGGGGUGGCCGGAAAGAGAUCGAUCCAGCACCGCCUAAUGCGCCUCGCCUAUGGUGUAUUCUUGGUGAUAUCGACCAAGAUCCCGAUCACUACGAACGAGCGUGGGAAGUGAGUAGAGGCCGUUACGCAAGGGCGAAACGAUCACUCGGACGCCACUACUUCACACAAAGAGAGUACCAGAAGUCUGCUGAAAUGUAUAUAGAGUCGCUUAAGCAGAAUCCACUGAACGGUCCCAGUUGGUUUGCGCUAGGUUGUUGCUGGUUGGAAUUAGAAAAUUGGGAGGGGGCGAUUGAGUCAUUUUCCAGGACCGUUUCGCUCGACGAUACUGACGCCGAGGCUUGGAGCAAUCUUGCAACCGCAUUGCUGAGACGAAAGACCGAGCUUCCCGCUCAGAGCGAGUGGAGAAAUUCCGACCUCGACCAAGACCCGGAAGACGAAAAGGCAGACCGCGAGAAUGGGAUCGAAGGCCAAGUGGUUGUGGACAAAGAGAACAACAAGAGAAGUGCCCUGCAAGCUCUGAAAAGGGCCACUAGUUUGAAGAACGAUUCCUGGAGGUUAUGGGAGAACCUCCUGUUGAUCUCCGCUAGCGUUAGUCCACCGGCGUAUCCAGACGUGGUUACUGCUCUGCGGAGAAUCAUCGAGAUAAGAAAGGAUUCAGCGGGGGAAACGGCAAUCGACGUGGACAUUCUCGAAAUGCUUGUGCGGCACACCAUUACCUCUGAUCUAGAAAGCAAUAAUCCCACCGGCUACGACCCCAAGAAACCCGGGUUACAUAGGAUGGUGGUCGAACUAAUGGAGAAGGACGUUGUCCCUCUGAUCACCAAAGACGGCCGCCUCUGGAAAAUUUAUGCUAAGCUAGCGCUUUGGAGGAAAAGGCCUAAAGACGCUCUCGAUGCGGAAGAGAAAGCCUGGCGAACAACCAACAGCAGACCGGGCAUAAUUGACGGUACGGAGGAGGAGUGGGACGAAUUAGUGGGUGCCACGAUAGAUCUUGUCGAUGCGUAUCAGAGCUUGGGGGAGAUGGAGAGGACCGAGGGUCUGGGUGCUGGCGAGCCUGUUGCGAAAGACUGGCGAUUUAAGGCUAGGACAACGGUGAGGGGAGUUAUGGGACAAGGGAGACAGAACUGGGAGGAUACGAAGGGCUGGGAGAGAUUGAAGGAGUCGUUAGAGGGGUUGAAAGCUUGAUCUUUCGCUGCACACUAGCAACCAUAUCGUCUUAGAUGUUACACUCAUAGUCUUGUAUACCCCGCUGUCUAUAGGAACGGUUUUUACCACGGGUAGUUCUACAAGAGAUCUCUUCAAGCCAAUAUCGAAACAACAAGUCCGGAUGGGGCAUAUAGAAGCAUAGAACUCUUUACUCCGAUAAAAAAUCACCUGUUUCGUGCGCUCUAGCUCUAGCAAGUCUAGGGGCUAGGUGCAGUUAACUAGCGCAGUUCCCCCAGGAACCCAAGGAGGGGCUUAGAAGCGACUUACUUCAUUUUUUCCUCGAUAUUACUUGUAUACGGGUGCAGUUUUAGGAAAACAGGGAAACUUGCACAUGAUACGAUUUU